AUGGCCACAGCAAGCACAAGCAGCGUCAAGAAGCGCAAGAACCUGGACUUUGCGACAAAGCUGAAAGCCAUUCAGCGUGUUGAGGCGGGCGAGAAAAGUGCGACGGUGGUAGACGACUUCGGGAUUCCUCGGAGCACUCUAAGCACCUUGUUAAAAAACAAGGCGGACAUAAAGUCGAAAGCGGCGGAGCAACGAACGUCGGGAGCUUGUCGUGUGCGCGCUCCUGCCCACGAGAAAGUUGAAAAGGCCCUCUAUGCGUGGUUUUUAGAGGUGCGGGCUAAAAACAUUACGGUGGAUGGCCCAAUGCUAAUGGCUAAAGCUAAAUGGUUUGCCGCUGCACUCGGUGAUGACAACUUCGCCGACAAUACAGGGUGGCUGCAGAGGUUUAAGAACCGCCAUAAGAUAGUUGGCAAAACCAUUUCUGGGGAAAGCGGAGCCGUCAUCAGCCAGGAUAUCCAGCAGUGGAUUUCGAACGAAUGGCCGGAAAUUUGCGCGAAGUUUGCACCCGCGGAAAUCUUCAACGCCGACGAGACCGGGUUGUUUUGGCAGAUGCUGCCAAGCAAGACGCUCGACGUCCGGGGCAGCACGUGUCACGGGGGCAAGAUGAGCAAAGUCCGCGUGAGCGUUCUGCUCGCUGCAAACAUGGAUGGCUCUCAAAAGCUCCAGCCCUUUGUGAUCGGCAAAGCAAGGGCACCGCGCUGCUUCAAAAACUGUAAGCAGCUCCCCGUUCGCUACGCCUUCAAUAAGAAGGCGUGGAUGACGCGUCAGCUGUUUAUAGAAUGGCUGCAAGCGUGGGACGCCGAACUGGGCAAGUCGGGGCGUCACGCUUGCCUUCUCGUCGACAAUUGCUCGGCCCAUCACACCACCUGCGAGCUCAAAAACAUCGCGCUCAAGUUUCUGCCGGCAAACACAACAGCGAAGUUGCAGCCGCUCGACCAGGGCAUCAUUAAGUCGUUCAAAGUCGGCUACAGGAGGCGACUCAUUGAUAGGCUUUUGGUGAACCUCCGCAUCGGCACCGAGCUUAAGGUUGACCUGCUGGGGGCCAUUCAAAUGAUGACGAGCGCCUGGAGAGACGUGAAGCAGGAUACCGUGGCCAACUGCUUCCGCAAGGCAGGCCUCGUGACGGCCAAACUUCCCGCAACCUGCGAAGACGGCGACAGCGACAACGAGUGCAUGGACGACGCGUUUCGCGAGUUGUCGUCCCUUUUCCCGGCUGCCGUACCAGCCGAAGUGUCUGCUGACGAUUUUGUGAACGUUGACAGCAAUGUUCAGGUUGUUGCGAGCCUCGCCGACGAGGACAUUGUAGCUGCAGUCGCAGGGACCCAGGCCGACAGCUCGAGUGGCGACGAAGAUCGUCCGGACGAGGGGGCGGCUACACGCUCGUACUCCGCCGCUGAAGUGGCGGCCGCGUUCAGCUUGAUUCGCCGUUGUUGCGGCGACAUGGAAGGAACCGGGCUUUCGCACCUGAACAGCCUCGAUAAGAUCGAGGCUGGCGUCUUUAAUUUCAUUUGCAAGGCGAAGAAGCAGACCAACAUAAGCGAUUUUUUUUCAUGCAAAUAA